AUAAAAAAGUUAAUAAAUUGAAAUAAAAUCGAGCAAUCUCAAUUUACAAGGAAACGUUUUCUUGCUAUUUUUAACUAUAAGGGAAAAUAACAAGAAAACGUAACGUAAACGUUCGUAUGUACAUUUAGUUAAAGUUGGGUUUUCUUUACUUUGUACAUCCAGGCAUAUAUUUAAUUAUUUUCAUAAAAAUUUCCUGCAACGGCAGCCCUUUUAACAUAAGUGUAUAUUUACACAUGAAAAUUUGGAGUUGAACUUUUCAAUUUAACACGAAAAUUUUUUCGAUAAUUUUGUAAACAAAGAAUAGGAAUACAAAAAUUUUUUUAAAUACCUAAUUAAAAUUUUUAAUUGGCAUUAUUCUAUCAUAAUGUUUAACGAUAAGGAACCAUUAUAUAAUCAUCUGUUAAAUAGAUCUGGAACAAUGGAAGAGGUAGUUGCUAGGACGAGAUCGGCUUUUCUUAGCGGAAAAACUAAAAAUGUUGCAUUUAGACGACGUCAGUUGGAGCAAUUGUAUAAAUUAUUUGAAGAGCAUGAAAAUGAAAUUGUUGGUGCCUUAAAUUCAGAUUUAAGAAGACAUAAACAAGAAAGCACUCUUGUUGAAAUAGAAAUAAUGAGAAAUGAUAUUUUGAAUAUUUUAUACAAUUUAGACGAGUGGGUCAAACCAGAGAAGCCUGAGAAAACCGUAGUAAACCUCCUAGAUGAUGUCUUAAUAUAUAAAGAACCUUAUGGCGUAGUAUUAGUUAUGGGAGCUUGGAAUUACCCUCUUCAGUUGCUGCUGGUGCCGGUAGCUGCUGCGAUAUCCGCAGGAAAUUGUGUGAUAAUAAAACCAAGUGAAGUAUCAGUAAAUUGCGCAAAAUUUAUACAGGAAUAUUUGCCAAAAUAUUUAGACUCUGAAUGUUAUCCAGUGGUAUGUGGUGGAGUAAAUGAAACAACAGAAUUAUUGAAACAAAAAUUUGACUAUGUGUUUUUUACUGGAUCAACAAAAGUUGGUAAAAUCGUUUAUGAAGCUGCUACUAAACAUCUUACCCCAGUAACUCUGGAGUUGGGUGGAAAAAGCCCUUGUUACAUAGAUAGCUCAGCUGAUAUGGAAAUCACAGCUAAAAGGGUUUUAUGGGGAAAGCUAAUCAACGUCGGUCAAACUUGUAUAGCUCCUGAUUAUAUACUUUGUUCAAAAAGUGUGGAAAAAAAAUUUAUAGACGAAUGUACCAAAAUUUUAAGGGAGUGGUAUGGGGAAAAUCCAAAAGAUAGUGAAGAUUUGUGCAGAAUAGUCAAUAACAACAAUUUUCAGCGAAUUCUUGGCUUGAUGAAAUCUGGAAAUAUAGCUGUUGGUGGAAAAUAUGAUGCAACGUCAAGAUUUAUUGAACCAACAAUCUUAGUAGAUGUGAAAGCUGAUGAUCCUAUCAUGCAAGAAGAAAUUUUUGGUCCAGUUUUACCAAUUUUAAAUGUCGAUAAUGUUUAUGACGCAAUUAAUUUUAUAAAUUCCAGGGAACAUCCUCUAGCAUUGUAUGCUUUUAGUAAUAACAAAGACAAUGUAAAAUUAUUAAUUAAAAAUACUUCAAGUGGUGGAAUCUGCAUAAACGACACAGUUAUGCAUUGUGGAGUUGAUUCAUUGCCAUUUGGAGGAGUUGGAAAUAGUGGAAUUGGACAUUAUCAUGGAAAAUAUGGGUUUGAUACAUUUACCCAUAAAAGAUCAUGUUUGGGAAAAUCUUUUAAUAAAUUAGGAGAAUUUUUAGCAUCAGCUAGAUAUCCACCAUAUUCAGAUAAGAAAACAUGGUUUUUAUCAACGCUAAUGAAAAAAAGGAAACCUUUCCCUAAUUUCUAUUUUUCACAUCUUUGUGCAGUUGGAAUUGGAAUUGGAAUUGCAUUUUUAAUAAAUUAUUAUAUGAAGCAAGAUGGAAAUUAAAUAAGGACUACAAAAUAUGAAAAAUCAAAUUACCAAUUUUAUAGUAAUUAUAUUUUUUUAUUAGUCAAUUAACGAACUACAUUUGAAAGGUGUAUUUAUAAUUAUAAAUUAAAUAAUUGUUAUAAUACUAGUUAUUCUUUAAGUCAUGUUAAAAAUAACCAUAAUUACCAUAUUUUGUAAUUUUUUUCACACAAUAUUGCUUGUUUAUAAAAUUUCAAAAAUAAUAAAGGC